AUGGAGUCCACACGACAGACAUCAGAGCUUCCGAGCUCGAUACGCGUCCUCACGCUCAACUGCUGGGGUCUUAAGUUCAUCUCCAAGUACCGUCAUGAGCGUCUGGUCGAGAUCGGCAACCACCUCGCAAAGCUAUCGCCUGCCCCCGAGAUUGUAGGACUACAGGAAUGCUGGACUCAGAAAGAUUAUCUCGCUAUUCGUGAAAGGACAAAGCACUUUUUGCCCUAUGGCAAGUUCUAUUGGAGCGGCAUCUUUGGCGGCGGUCUUGCUAUCCUGUCCAAAUGGCCCAUUGAAGAGAGCACCAUGGUGAGAUAUCCACUCAACGGUCGCCCUGCUGCCUUCUUCCGCGGCGAUUGGUAUGUCGGAAAGGGUGUUGCUUGUGCGCGUAUUCGUCUUGGACCUGCAAAGAAAGACGUCGUUGAAGUCUUCACCACACACCUACACGCCCCUUACGAAGCCGAACCGAACGAUUCUUACAUCUGCCACCGUACUGCACAAGCCUGGGAGAUUGCGAAACUCAUGCGCGGUGCCGCUGAGAGAGGCCAUCUCGUCCUCGGUCUGGGUGACUUCAACAUGAUCCCUUUGUCUCUGGCACACCGCUUGAUUGAAGCUCACUCCCCAGUCAAGGACGUAUGGAGAGUCUUGCAUCCCGAUUCCGCAAUUGGAGCUGCAAUAAACGAAGCAGAAAAGGCAAGAGGAAGGCCAGUCCCAUCAUCCGAUGAAUGUCUGAAAGAGCACGGAACCACAUGCGACCACAGAUACAACACAUGGCGCUGGAACAAAGGCGACAAGAAGAAGCUGUUGAAAAAGAAGGAGGACACCUACAUCGAUGGUUCCGAACCAGAUCACAGAGCCAAGCGUCUGGAUUACAUCUUCUUCGGCGGCGACGCAGAAGGCCCAGCAUCACAAUGGAGCAUCGACAGCGUCAACGUAGGAGCAACAGAACGACAUCCAACACUGCUCUGCUCCCUCUCCGAUCACUUCUCCGUCGAAACAACGCUCACACGCUCAAACCAUCCUACAAACACAUUGCCUCAAUCGACUACCUUCCUCCCCAUAGAAACCUACGACCAGAUCCUCGCCAUGGUGCACAAGUACGACGCACGCGAACGCAAACAACGCAGAUACCGUCUUUACCACUUCGGUUUAGAAAUAGUCAUCGCAAUUGGCUGCUUCAUAGCAGUCUGGUGGUCACCACGCAACUUCGUAGCAUUCCUCCUCAUGCUGCUAAGCACAUUGGGUCUCUCAGCAGGCGUCAUCGACGGCUUGAUGGGAGGACUCUUCGUAGGAAGCGAGUUGCGCGCACUCCGAGAGUUUGAAUGGGAGAUUACGAAUGCCAGAAACAUGGCUCUUGCCGCUCAAGAGGCUUUGUUGAAGUAG